UGGACGGGGGAUAGGUGGGGGGGGAGUUGCCUUCACGGAUGUGUCCCUGCGCUCACAAGACGGAGGUGUGGGUCUCUUUCCAGUGUUUGCAUCUAUUCGGAGGAGAGAAGCGAUAGGCCACCUUCGGAUGCGAACGUGCAAUCAUGUCACGAGCGCUGGGCUUCGCAACGAGAGCAUCUGAUUAAUCCACACUGGCGAUACGCGGACUCCAAAAGGAAUAAAGCAAUGGGUGGCCAUAUAACGCGAAAUGCCUUUUACGACUCCCUCGGUGGCCCUUUCCCUUCCACAUCGCACCGAUGCCACCACAAACCCAAGAGGUGCCUGCCUAUCCAAUGUGGCAGUGUCAGUGGGCCCCUGCCCAUGAGCCCACUUCUCUUCCAUCCAAAUGCCAAGGGUUCCCAAAUUGUUAUGGACCUUGCCCAGAAGACAGUCAAGAGGCAAGCCAGUUUCUGCAAUGCCAUCACCUUCAGCAACAGACCCAUAGCGCUGUAUGAACAAGUCCGCCUCAAGAUUACUAAAAAGCAGUGCUGCUGGAGUGGGGCUCUGCGUCUGGGCUUCACCUCCAAAGACCCAUCCAGGAUAAACCCAGACAACCUGCCCAAGUAUGCUUGCCCUGACCUCGUGUCCCAGAGUGGCUUCUGGGCCAAGGCCCUACCUGAGGAGUUUGCCAACGAGGGCAAUGUUAUCGCCUUUUGGGUUGACAAGAAGGGCAGAGUCUUCUACCGCAUAAAUGAGUCCAGUCCCAUGCUGUUCUUCAGCGGGGUCCGCACAGCUGAGCCCCUCUGGGCCCUCAUUGAUGUUUAUGGACUGACCCGUGGGGUGCAGCUGCUAGGCAGUGAGAUUGUUCCUCCCGACUGCCUGCGCCCACGCUCCUUCACCACAGUGCGCUCCUCCUCUCUGCGGCGUGAAGCGGAUGACUCCCGUCUUUCUGUCAGCCUAUGUGACCUCAACCUGCAGCAGGAGGAUGGAGGCAAUGCUCACAAUCACUCCCAUCGCCACACCCUCCACCUGGCCUCAGCCUCCUCCUCCUCCACCUGCCCCAUCCCCCAGAACUCCCUUAACUCCCAGCAGUCCUCACUCCUGCCAUCUGCCCUGGAGAGUGACCUCCACUUCCACCAGCUGCGAGGCGCCCACAUUAAGACGCUAGAUGAGCAGACAGUGGCACGAUCUGAGCAUGCCCGUGAGGAGCGCACGCUGGUCUUCACCAACCGACCCCUGCGCACUGGAGAGACUGUCUUCAUCAAGGUCACCAAAUCCAGCCCAGCGCGCUCAGGCUCCUUGUCCUACGGUGUGACAUCCUGUGACCCAGCAGUGCUGCGCCCCAGCGACUUACCCUACAAUCCAGAGGCUCUGGUGGACAGGAAGGAGUUUUGGGCGGUGUGUCGGGUGCCCACACCUCUCCAAAGCAGUGAUAUUCUGGGCUUCUUGGUCAACCACGAAGGGGAGGUCAUCCUCAGCCACAAUGGCACCAAUGUGGGCAUGCAGGUGUGUGUGGACAACUCCCGCCCACUCUGGAUGUUCUUCGGUCUUCAUGGGGCUGUGACUCAGCUGAGGAUUCUGGGUUCCACUCAUCUUAGGGAUCCACGGGCCACAUCGAACCCCAGCUCACCCUCCUCCUCCCCGCACACCCCCAGCGCUCUGGGCAGUGGCAGCUCUGAUCCGGUCCUGAACGGAGGCCUGUGCUCUGCCGCUUACUGCAGCUCAGCAGGGGGUACAACCCCAAAUUCACCAGUCAGUCUCCCCAAGUCACCUACGUUCCCAUCAGGCCGUGGGCCUUGGUCCGAUGAGUGCUCUAUCUGUUAUGAAAACAUGGUGGACACGGUCAUCUACGCCUGUGGGCACAUGUGUCUGUGCUACACUUGCGGCCUCAAACUCAAGAAGAUGUCUAAUGCCUGCUGUCCCAUCUGCAGAAGACAGAUCAAAGACAUUAUCAAGACCUACCGCAGCACAUAAGGGGAAGAUGGCAAACGGACGGAUGGCCUCCCUAAGAACUGCAAAAUACCAGAUUCAGGAAAAGAAAUGUCUAAGUACAGUGAAUAUGAACUGUCGUACUUUGAUUUGGUAUUUUCAUACAAUUAUUGUUGGUUGGUUUCCUCUCAUGACCUUUUCCAAAGUCGGUAACGCUUUGUUGGGAAGGUCACAUUCGCUUUAGAGUUGUUGUCACAGCCUCCCUAUGGAGGCAGCACUUGAAGUGGCAGGGGGUUCCAAUACGAACUUUAUUCUCGCCAGAAGUGUUUUCUCUCUCCUGGGAACUUGGAAUACUUUAAAGAAGAAAGGAAAAACUGAACCAAUUCAAGAUUCUUUCAUUUGUCGAGCCAUGUUGUAAGAAUUAAGGGACGAACACGCAUUUGCAGAAAGUAGAUGAGUCUCUUUGGGGCUGAAUGUCUCGAUAAUAGCUCUUUUAGAGGAUGACUGAAGCUCAGAAAUAUGCUGUCAAGCUGAUGGAUAUUUCUGACUCAACCAGUCAAUAAAAAAGCACCCGCAGAAGGUUAUCAGCUCAGUA